UGCAUCUGAGCUUGCCAAACAACUGAAGAAGUCUAACAGUACUCCUUGGGAGCAAAUGAGCAAAGUUUGGGUACAUUUAAUGUGUUUUGCUGCUAUGAACUGCAGGCCACACGUCCAUGCACAGCAACCUAGUAAGGGCGGUGAACUUUUCACAUUCGUUUGGUUGCUCAUGAAUCAUCUGGGACUUGGGACUCACUUUUCAAGCCAUUACUGAUGCUACAUGGUGAAUUUGAUGAAAACUGCUUCCAGGGGUAGUUUUAUCUUUCUUUGUAUAACCAGCUACUUGUUGCUGAUGAUGGACUUACGUAAUCAGUUGUUUUAGUUUCUACAAAUGAUAUCACAUCUUUGCUCCAUGAGUUAGUUUCGAGGUACUAAUUUUCACUUGUAAUUAAAAUUUCAGUAGUGGA